UAAAAAGAAGACUUUGACGUUUUGUUUUCGUCCCGUCAAAACAUAACCUGAAAAGUGAAAAAGUCGUAGAUUCUUAAAUGAUUUGACAAAUGGCUGUGUUUAGGGCUUUGGGGCGAAAUUUGCCCUAUUUAAAGCAACAAUUCGAAGCUUUAUUGGGUAAUACCAGCACAUCGGUGAAGUUUAUAUGCGGAGUUGUCCUUAUCAGCUAUGGGCUAUCAUAUUGGGAGGAUGCCCUGGAAGUCAUAUCCGUUACUCCAGGAUACAUCAUGCCCCCAUCACGAAUAUGGUCUCUAUUUACCUUUUGCUUCAUGGAGAUUCACUUUUGGGAAGUCCUUGUUGAUAUUAUAACAGUGGGAUUGUGCGGGAAAUUAAUUGAACCUCUAUGGGGCCCUUUGGAGAUGAUGACUUUUUUUGCUCUCGUUAACUUCGGAGUGGGCAUACUAACCACAACAUUUUACUUCAUUCUGUAUUAUUGCUUCGACGAUACAAGAUAUUUGUACAAUGUUUACAUACACGGACUUGCAGGAUACAUUGCUGGCGUAUCUGUUAGUGUUAAACAAAUCAUGCCUGAUCUGGUGAUAGUGAAGACUCCGUUGGGAAAACUGAGCAACAAAAAUGUACCGUUGACUGUAUUUUUUCUUUCUGUGAUGUUUAAAAUUAUAGGUUUAGUUGAUGGCACAUAUCCUACAAUGUAUUUUUGGGGCAUGAUUGUCAGCUGGGUAUACCUAAGGUUUUAUCAGAAGCAUACCAGUGGAUCCAGGGGAGAUAUGGCUGAUUAUUUUACAUUUGCCAGUUUCUUCCCGAAUGUGAUUCAACCACCAAUUGCUUUGGUAAGCAAUACCAUUUACAAUGCUCUAGUCAGAAUUGGAAUUUGCAAAAAAAGUGUGAGAAAGUUUGAUUUAGCUAACCCAUCAGGAGUCACUGUAACAGUUGCUGGUGCAGAUCAGCAUGAUAUGGAAAGAAGAAGACAAAUUGCAUUGAAAGCACUAAGCGAAAGGCUAUCAAAAUCCUACAGUGACAAACAGCCCCUACUUCCUUCAACAAAUCACCAUAGUUCACCAAAGGUAUCUCUCCCACCAACAGUAAUUCAGAGCACAGUGCAGCACACUGUCGCAUCUCAAGUCCAUCAACAACAAAGCGUGUCUGUAUCAAUUCCAUCAACUUCGUCCGACAUACCUACGAAGACAGGUACUUAGUUUAGAAGACAAGACUUAUUAUUUCAUUAUUUCCCGGUGAUUUUUAUUGACUCAGGUACUUUUCAUGUUUUUAACUUCUUAUUUUUUUUUUGUUUGGGAACAUUUGAGAGUAAAGAAAAGUUUUGAGAAAAUAAAUUAUUUCAUGUUUUAACUUUGAAAAUAAAAUUUAUAAUGGUUUUGAGCUGGAGGCUUUGGGUACACAAGUUGGUAUUAAUAAAACGAAAGUUGUAGCACAUUGAAAUCUACUAACUAUUAGCAUUGUCUAUUAGUGUGGAACAGAGACAUACUAGUUGAGCUAUGAGUUUUUAGGCAAGGUAAGAAUGGUGGGUAAAAUCUUACCUGGUCUGGUGACUUCUGAAGAUAUGCAAAGCUAUCUCUAGGUCAAAAAGUGUGUUGCACUAGAAUCACACUACUUCCCUAUUGUUCAGAUUUCUAGUAGGCCCUCGAUUCCAAGUCUCUGUUCAGCUUCAGAACAAAGUAUUUAUCAUUAUACCUGCCAGGGCCAAUUAUUAUAAUUUUAUCAUGGUGCACAAAUUUUUAUUCAAUCAAAAUCUGUAACAUUACAUUUGAUUUUUGAUUAAGGCUUGGAACAGUGCUGCCCUACAUAAUUUGAUAGACUUCUACACACUUCCUUCCUAAAUUUAAAUUCGAGACAAUCUCAGUCUUUGCUUCAAUCGUUGCAUUUUCUGCAUUGGACUUUUGUGUAAAAUCAAUUGGUUCUCAGACAAGAUUUUGUUGUUGAAGAAAUUUGCCUAUUCCUGAAACAACUAUUUAUGAUACUUUUUGGUUCAUUGCGGUUCUGUAGAUAUAGAAGUCCUGGAGCCACUCUACUCUAUGAAUAAAUAACUGUAAUCUUGAAUCAACCCCUGCUUCAAAAUAUGUAUGUCUGGAUGAUGUGAGUGAGUGGUUCAAGGAUUUCUAGAUGAGUCUGUUUCAAUAACUUUGAUGUUAUUCCACCUGGCCCUGAACAGAUUGAAUUAGGUAAAAAAGUCUCAUUUAAAAUUGUCUUGUCUUUGCUUAUUUCUUUAAAUUUGAUGUUGCUUCAUAUAGUUUCCUAAUACAAAUAUACUCUACAGUCAAUCAAUAUGCUGACCCUUUUACAACAAGAACAUAUUUACACAUAGUUCUUACUAACAAUAAUUUAAAGUCAUGAAUCACUCACUUUGUUAAAAAGGAAAGUACCAUUUACAUUUAAUUUGAAUUUUAUGGUGUAGAUAAUUGUAAGAUUGAUUAGUGUAAGAUAAGAAAUUAUAUAUGAUUGUUAACUUUAUUUUUUAAUAUAAUAUAAAACAACAAAAAGGA